AGAAGUAAUAAGGGGGUAAUUGAAAACAAUAGCAAAACCCUAAAGACCCCCGCCGUAUAAACGAGCAACCCACCCCCUGCGCCGCCGCCACUCAGCGCCGCUUGCGUUUCCUCCUCUCCGCCUCCAAGAUGUCGAAGCGAGGACGUGGAGGUACUGCUGGUAACAAGUUCCGGAUGUCACUGGGUCUACCAGUGGCAGCCACUGUGAACUGUGCUGAUAACACUGGAGCCAAGAACCUGUACAUCAUUUCAGUGAAGGGAAUCAAAGGGCGCCUUAACAGGCUUCCUUCUGCCUGUGUUGGUGACAUGGUUAUGGCAACUGUGAAGAAGGGAAAGCCUGACCUCAGGAAGAAGGUGAUGCCAGCUGUCAUUGUGAGGCAGCGCAAGCCAUGGCGCCGAAAGGAUGGUGUCUACAUGUACUUUGAAGACAAUGCUGGAGUGAUUGUGAACCCAAAGGGAGAGAUGAAAGGUUCUGCCAUCACUGGACCUAUUGGAAAGGAGUGCGCUGAUCUGUGGCCCAGGAUUGCUAGUGCGGCAAAUGCGAUCGUCUAAUGGAAGCAGCUAGUUGAAGUUUAAUCCAUAGCAUUUCCUUGUGUUCAAGAAGAGAGCGAGAGUUCUUAGCUAGUUGAGCUUUUGUUUCCCAGGAUGGUGUUUGUGUUGCCGGAUCGUUUUCUCUGUUAGCUUUGAAGACAAUUCUCUCGAUAUCGAUAAGAACCUGUUACUUAGACUGACGUUCGGCAGAGUUCAAUGUUUACAUGUUCUGAUGUGGCGUGCUGUUUCA